GGAAACUUCAAUGCCAUAUUAUCUCCGUGUGCGCGAGUCUAUUCAGAAGCUCAGUGCACCUCGGAAAGCAAUCUACCUUUGAUAUGCGCACUUAACUUUCCAUUUAUACUUGUGAAUUCUAAGAUCGAGCAGUCAAACUUUUAGUCAGUAAGCCAGAACGAGGUAUUCCUGCUGCAGCAAGGGGACAACGGUCGGUCUCUGACCCUCUCUGGGGUUACCAUAGAAGCCAACCCAGUAACUCAAGACGAGUUUUGCUAUAGACGUAUUGCUAGAGUUAAGGGAAUCUUUGCUUCUUGUAGCUGACGUAAAUCAAAAUACGCCUUAAUAAUGAAAAGAAGAGAUAAGGAACAAUGUCCUUCGACCGAGGGAGAGAUGAAGCCUAAUAGACAAAACUUGUUUUCCCAGCAGUUACGCUCACCCUUAUGUCUAGUUCAUUUGAGUUUCAUGGUGUUGGCUCAGGUGAUGCAGUCUCUAGGAUCUCCUCUAGGCGUUAUUCAACAAACAUUUGCUAUUCAACCUGCGGACAGGACAGCUAUUAAAGGUGACAAAAUAGUUCUGCCGUGUCGAGUGCUGCAUAAGAAAGGGACUUUACAGUGGACGAGAGAUGGUUUCGGACUCGGUUCGGAAAGAUCACUAGCUGGAUUUCCCCGUUAUACCAUGGUCGGCAGCGAUGAGGAAGGAGACUUUUCACUUCAAAUUACUAAUGUCAGCCUUGAAGAUGAUGCCGUGUUUCAGUGUCAAGUAGGGGCUUCUGAUGGUGUGAAGGGUAUCAGAUCUCGAAGCGCAGUCUUUACAGUUUAUGUUCCUCCGGAACCUCCUCGAAUACUACAGCGCGAUUUUCUGGAGACAACUUCUGGUAUGGCAGUGGAACUAACAUGCGAAUCUAAUGGAGGGAAACCGGCUGCAGAGUUGGCUUGGUUGGACGGAGAAGGUAACGUGGUCACAGAGAAUAUCGAGUUCAAUACUAAACUUCUUGGUGAUAACAAAAGAGCCAAUGCUGCACUCAAAUGGACUUUUAAACCAAGGCGGGAACAUGACGGAAAGUCGUUUUCAUGUCGGUCUGAGAACCCUGCUCUAAAGCAACCGAGGGUGGCAAUAAUCAAACUUGCAGUCAAAUAUCCCCCUGAAGUUACCUUAACGGCAAACAGAAAAAAAAUCACGGAGUUCGAUGAUGUGCAAUUCACUUGUGACGCCGUCGCAAAUCCAGGGGAUGUAAAAUACAAGUGGUACAGGAAUGACGAGCUAAUAAAGGACGACCACGUCACUACACUCACCAUACGUAAAGUGACAAGACAACUUAAUGGACAAACAGUCAGCUGUGAAGUGAGCAACAAAAUAGGAACAACAAAGUCCACUUAUACUUUAAAUAUAUAUUAUGGUCCGGUGUUUAAAUCAUCUUUGGAAAACAUAGCAGCAGAUCCUGACAAAGAAGUACGGCUGGUUUGUGCUGUUGAUGGUAAUCCUCCCCCUAAAAUUACUUGGACGUUUGAGAAGAGCUCCCAGAUCAUUGGAACAGAUAGGAUUUUGAUUCUUCCCCGAGUGACACCAGACAAAACUGGGAGAUACACCUGUAAAGCUUCAGUACCAGGGUUUCCAGAGCUGUCUUCAGACUCCUUGGUUUUUAUUAAAGGACCCCCCUUGAUAAAAAGUCCUGCUGUUCAGUAUGGUAUCGAGGGACAGCAGGUGAAAGUGGAGUGUUCAAUCACGUCAGUACCAGAACCCUCCCGUGUUGUUUGGAUCAAACAGUCACAGGUAGUAGAUAUAGACAACUCUGAGGGCUACGAGAUCGUGACAGAGCCGCUACUGGACGGACUCAGAAACGUCCUCAUCAUCCACAAGGCGGAAGAGAAUGACUUUGGAGACUAUAACUGCUCAGCUUGGAACUCUUUAGGCCAUGACAGUAUGCUAAUAUCCGUCAAAAGACAAACAUGUGAUGAUGUUGGCGGGGGUGUGCCGACCAUACUUUGCUCUGUGACAGAGAGUCUUCCUAUGUUGAUCAUCUUGGCUGGUGUGAUAGGAGGCAUCGUUCUUAUUGUUUCUGUUACCAUAGUGAUUAUUCUUUGUCUCCGUAGAAAGCCUACACCUAAAGGUAAUGAAUUUGGAACAGAUAACAAAGCAAAGCAGUCUGAUUCAGCGUCAUCCGGCGAUUCUGACCUUAAGGUGGAAAUACGAACAGCCUCAUCCUUAUCAAAUAAUGAACAUGAAAGGAGUUGGGAGGAAACGAGUGAUACAACACGUGUACAUGAUCCUCCAGAUAUCUACAAAUACAACAUGGACUACACCGAACCAAGAUUUCCUCCAAAACUGGAGACCCAGAAUAAUAAUGGGUACAUUCCCUAUGUGGACUAUUCCCGAGACUACAAUCCUCCCUCAGCUCACCUAAAUUCUAGUCGAGAUAGUGGACUUUAUGACAGUUCUCCCCAACUCCUUAAUGACCUGGGCCAUCCAUUGGAUCCCAACUUCCGAGCAGCUUAUGCUAACCCGUACAGGAGGACUUCUCAGGCUAAUCUACCCCCAGAUCAGGGCCUUUACGGAAGCACCAGGGGUAACAGUCCUACCCCUCAAGUACCCUCUCUGCCUUCUAAUCAUUACAUCACUAGCCAAAACCUCCCAUGUCACCUGAAACCCGGAACUUUAGCGACCCAUGUUUGACAGUGGGAGGAAAGUGUGCUGUGACUUAACAGUAUACUGUCGUUGCUCAGAGGCCGGUUCAUACACACCAACAGCUUAACUGGCCCAUUUAAUACUCAUGUUUGUCACUACAGCGGGCUUCCUUGUCCGAUUUUACUGGUCAGUAUGCAGCGUCAGCGACUAACUGUUGCGAUUAUGAACAAAUAACGUUACAACAGGCGGUGUUCAUCGCCAGUGGUCAGAUCUGUGAGUAGUACAAACUCUAGCCAGACUUCCCAAAUGUUUACUUGAAGAAUGACAAUCCUGGUCGUUAGCCUGUGAUAGGAAAUUUGAAGAAAUUAAAAUGUACGUUUGGAAACUACUGGGAAACCAGUGACCCUGUGACAUCACUGAUGUCACCUUCCCAUCUAUGCAAUAAGUUUUUCUUCGUGGAAUAUAUAUAACCAUGUUGAUCCAGAUCUUAACAUUUUCCCACACCUUGUGAUCAGCUGCCUUUUUAUCGUGGUGCUGUAGCCUGUGACUUAGACCCUCGCUAGACUGUAGAUGUAUCAUGAACUAUAACCUAACCAACUGGAUCAUUUUAUGAUAGAAGUAAGGACUUCGUACCAUCUGUCGCUAGUAUUAUUAUUAGUAGUAGUAUUAUACUUCAACAGGAACAAGGAACAGUUGUUAUUCCACCUAAUUUCUUAUCUUCCAGUGUCUCUGCCUCAUUAUCAAAAUGUAUAACAAAAUAUGUAGUAUAAUGUGUCUAUAUAUAUAUGAUUAUUGUAAUGUGUAAGAGAUAGUGUAGUAUAAUGUGUUUUUCGUAAAUUUUGACCUAACUUGUUGCUGUCAUCUCUGUUACUUGCCAUUUUUUUGGAAGUCGUGAUACUCAGUCCUGCUGUAUACAUUAUCAGUGCCUCCUAGUCGCUGUCAAUGGAUGUAAUAAUACUGUUGUAAAGCCUGUGUAGCAUUACAUGAUGUGGCAUUUCUUCACAACAACUCCUGAGGAUUCAGAGACAAUACUGAAUAAGAAACUGUUGAAAUAUAAAGAUGAAAGACCGGUUGCGAAAGAGCGUGUACGAUUUACUUAUUCCAGAAAUAUUGUAUAUAAUGUAUAGGCUCUGUUCAAGUCAAAAGCUACGUUGUUUUAGUGACUAUUUAUGAAGAAAGCUGCUUCAUGAACAUUUAUUUACUGUGAAGGUUACAUAUUGUCAUUGUUGAACGGCAAUAAAAGCGUAAAGUCAAAUGUAAGCUCAAAAUUAUUUAGUUUCUGGAAUAUGUAUAUGAUUUG